UCCUCUUUUUCCUGUGCACUCUGCAGCCUGUUGAUAACACCACACAUACCACAGUACUCUUUGCUGGGUCGCACUACUUCUCUGCAGAGGGAUUUCUGAUACUUCAACCAUGAUUUUUCAAGCUUUCUUCGAUUGUAUGAAUUUUACUAGUUGGUUUUUGCUCGGUUUUAUAUUGUUAAUUUUAAAUGACGUAAUACGAAACCGGAGGCCUCGCAACUUUCCACCAGGACCCUGGGCUGUGCCUCUGCUAGGAAAUGUCUUCACUGGAGUAGACUACAAAACAAUGCAUGAGCUGGCUCAGAAGUACGGCCCCGUGUUCAGUUUGAGGAGGGGCAGUGAGAGGAUGGUGUUUGUUGCAGGAUAUAAAAUGGUCAAAGAGGCUCUUGUCAGCCAGCUGGACAGCUUUGUUGAUCGACCAAUCGUCCCUCUUUUCCAUGUUACAUUCAAGGGCAUUGGUAUAGCGCUGAGCAACGGUUACCUGUGGAAGAAGCAGAGGAAGUUUGCCAACACUCACCUGCGUUACUUUGGAGAAGGCCAAAAGUCACUGGAGAAGUACAUUGAAGUGGAGUGCAACUUCCUUUGUGAAGCUUUCAAGGAGGAGCAAGGAAGACCAUUCAACCCCCAUUACAUCGUAACAAAUGCAGUGGGUAACAUCAUCUCCUCUGUGGUCUUUGGACAUCGCUUUGAAUACACUGAUCCGAGCUUUCGCAAAAUUCUGGAGCUGGACAAUGAUGCCGUUGUGCUUGCUGGUUCAGCUCAGACGCAGCUGUAUGAUGCCUUUCCUGGCUUGAUGAAGUACCUGCCAGGACCUCACCAGACUGUCCUUGCCAACUACAGGGAGAUUGUGGCUUUCUUGAACAGAGAAAUUGAAAAGCACCAGGAGGAGUGGAACCCAGAUGACCCUCGUGAUUUCACUGAUGCAUAUCUGUCAGAGAUGGAGAAGAAAAAAGAGGAUCCUCGUGCUGGCUUUAAUAUUGAAACACUUCUGGUCAGUACCCUUGAUCUGAUUGAGGCUGGGACAGAGACAGCUUCCACCACUCUACGCUGGGCUCUAGUAUUUAUGAUGAACUACCCAGAAAUACAGGAAAAAGUGCAGGCAGAGAUAGACAGAGUGGUCGGACAGUCUCGCCUGCCCACUUUGGCCGACAGACCCAACCUGCCCUACACUGAUGCUGUUAUCCACGAGACCCAAAGGGUUGGAAAUAUUGUUCCAUUGGGAUUCCCAAAAAUGGCCAGUAAAGAUUCUACACUGGGAGGAUACUUCAUUCCUAAAGGCACAGCUAUUACUACAAUACUUUCAUCUGUGCUGUUUGAUAAGAAUGAGUGGGAGACUCCAGAUGUCUUCAAUCCUGAACAUUUCCUGGACUCAGAGGGCAAAUUUCGAAGAAGAGAUGCCUUCUUGCCAUUUUCAGCGGGUAAACGUGUGUGUAUCGGUGAGCCCCUGGCCAAAAUGCAGCUCUUCCUUUUCUUUGCGUCUUUGCUCCAACGCUUCACUUUCACUCCUGUUCCCGGAGAAAUGCCCAGCUUGGAGGGUGUGAUGGGCUUCACCUACUCUCCCGAGGAGUUCAGGAUGCUGGCAGUGACUCGCUGAGGUCAUGCCAUGCAAACACAAAGAUGAAUUAAAUGAAACUCCACAAGCUUUAUGGGAUCAUCAAAUCACAGCAUACUGAAAAAGCAUACUAGAAACCCGGAGAGAAGCAAUAGCGUGAAAAUAUACUCUGUAAAACAUUUAAUGAACAUUUCACAUAGUAAGACACAAUAUGCAUGUCACAGUGCCGACUGUUGUUGUACUUUUAUUUCUUGUCUUUUACUGUGAAGCACUUUGAGUUUUAUCUGUGAAAAGUGCUAUAUAAAACAAUAAAGUUUGCUUACAUAAUACAUAAUAAUAGUUAGACAACCUUGAAAAAAUAAUGUGCACGCACUAUAACAACUGACUGAAAAUUAGGUGCCACAUGAUUCCAUAAGCUAAUACUAACUUUAUCUAUAACAAAGUAAAGUCUUUAAAUAUAUGUUGUAUUGAAAUUAAAUUAACAAAAAGAAAGUUUGAUGACAUAUGGAUAAAACUGCCCUUUUUAUCUAUUUUUAUCUAUUAGCCAGUCAAACUGUUCUGUGAACUUUGCAUCUUUUUACAACUAUUAGAAAUGCAAUUUCCUUUCAUGAUAAAACAAAUUUCUCUGGACUGCAAAGAAUUACAUGUUAUCUAUCAACAGAUAGAUAAGUGUUUGUUUAAUACUGAAUACAAAUCUAGUAUAAGAAUUAACAGCAGAAUUAAUUCUAAGAAUGGCUGCCAGAAUCAAUUUACUGAGCAAAUUUAAAAUGAGUCUUAUUCCUUUAAAUGUAAAAUUAUUUUCUCUUACAAAUACAUCACGGUGUGUCUUUGAGUCAUGACUAAAUAACUCUUACAGGCUUAAGGAGGGAAUAGUGACAAGACACCAUAAAAUGAAACACUUUAAACAUACUAAAAUGCUUUGAGUGCUCAGUAAGACUAGAAAGGUGUUCUAUAAAUGCUUUUCAAUAUCCAGUAAAACUUUAUGCCCAAACUGCUUUGGACCUUGAGUUCCCUGUUUGCACAUUGGAAGUGGGAUAGAGUUAAAGGAGUUGUUAUGUUCUGGUUGAAAAGGAAAGAACAUGACUGGGAGUGGUGAGCUUUAAAAACGUAUUAAAAUCUGUUUGCAAAUGUGGACUGAAUUAUUAAAAAUGUGAUCAACA